AUGAGAUCCACUACUUCGCCUAUUAAUACAAUUAAAAAUUUACUGUAUGGAAACUUUUUUGGCAAUAAGGCUACUCGGUAUGGAAAUGAAAACGAAUCAAAGGCUUUGUUGGAAUUUGAAAAAAAAUUCAAUCUAAAAGUUAACGAGAGUGGUUUCCAUAUCGAUCAGCAAUAUCCAUUUUUGGGUGCAAGUCCAGAUGGUCUCAUAGGGGACCAAGCCCUUAUUGAAAUUAAAUGCCCUCUAUCUAUCAAGGAACACACACCUACAGAUGGAAUUAUCUCAAAAAAAAUAUCUUUUGCUGAACUAAUAAACGGCGAACUUCAUUUGAAGCGUAAUCAUAAUUACUAUUUUCAAAUUCAGGGGCAAUUGGCCAUUACAGACCGGCAAUUUGGAUAUUUUUUGAUAUGGAGUCCUCACGGUAUCCUUGUAGAAAAGAUCACUCGAGAUGACCUAUUUUGGAAAGAAACAAUGUUACCAAAGUUAAAGAUAUUUUAUAACAAUUGUUUAUUACCAGAGUUAUUAGAUCCGCUACAUCCAAAGGGGAUACCGAUAAGGGAUAAAGUCGUAACACCGUCAUUUAUUUAG